UAGUCCUCGCCUUCACUUCCACAAUACCAACCUAAACCAGGUUGGGUUGGGUUAAGUUUUGAUCCUUCCCUUGGGUUUAUGACCGUUCGAGAAAAAAAAAAGCAUAUAUAUACAAGUAAUAUGAACAUACAUACAGAGAAAAACUGAAAAAACCAGUCAAAAACAUGACAAAAACCAUUUUCUUUUUAAGGAUUUUGCUCGGUUUGCCGGAACACUUAAAAAUAUCCAAUAAAAUACACACUUUAAUAGAACUAGGGUGUUUUUAAGACAGUCUUAUAUAUAGUUGCUGUGUAAUAAAAAGAGGCUUACAUAUCAGAAGCAGACACCUACUCUCAGUUCUAACCCCUCAACUGUCCAGUGUUAUACUUUCUUUCUUUCUUCCCUUCUCUUUGUUUAUUUAGAAAUCUCCCUUCUCUCUUUGCUUCUUUUUUUUUUUCAAGCAAAUAUCUUUAAAAGUCAAUUAAUUUCUCAAAAUUUCCCCUUCAAAUCUUGCAUCAAUCAUGGCUCUUUUAUUUUGUCUAGUGCUUUUCUUAGCCAUGACUGGCCAUUCAAGUGCUAGCUAUUGCUUGUGUAAAGAUGGAGUGGGUGACCAAGCACUCCAAAAGACCCUAGAUUAUGCCUGUGGAGCUGGAGCUGAUUGUACUGCAAUCCUUCAAAACGGUGGUUGCUAUAGUCCUAACACUGUGAGAGAUCACUGCAACUAUGCUGUCAAUAGUUAUUUCCAAAGGAAAGGUGAAGUUAAUGGAAGCUGUGAUUUUUCUGGCACUGCUUCCAUUAGUGCCACUCCUCCUAGCAAUGUUGCUUCUACUUGUAAUUUUCCCUCAAGGAGGCUGGCUGCAUCAUCUUUGUUUUGCAACUUAGCACAAGCACAAGCACAACAGCUGGAACCCCCUCCACAACUCCAACUACAGGGACAACUAAUGGCACAACCACAGGAACUCCUACAGUGUUUGGUAGUGGCAGCACUCUUGGCCCAACAGGAACAACGACCACAGGCAUCAAUGAUCCAAAUGAUGCUGUGUCUCUCUUCAGAAGCCCUAACAUUUUCUUCACCUUUUUCGUGACCCUUUGGAUUUGAAGGUGUAGUACAAACUAGAGGAAGAAAAAGUUGAAGGGGCUUGGGUUUGAUGUACGGAUGUGAUUUUGCCACAACAGUAAUAUACCAUUGAUAUAUAUGUAGGGAUUAUCUAUUAGAGGCAACCCCCCCCCCCCCUUUUUGCCUCUGUGAAAAAAGCUUUGGAAUUUGAUUCCCUUUUGAGUGGUAGUAGAAGCCUGUUCACUAUUUUUUAGAUUUUUCUCUGUAUAUCUAGAGAGAGGGCACUAUUUUUUUUAAUUUAAUGAAAAUUUGGUUAGUGAAAUUUGUUACCACUGUAAUUUCUUCAUUUCAAGCUUUAAUAAGUGGACUGGUGUUUUUUGUUGAAUUGGUGGAUAGUGAUGGAUCUAUAGUCAAAUGCAUGGCCUAAUCUUGUAGAUUAUUACUCCAUUAAUGCAUUAUUGUUUCUGGGUGGAGGCUCCUGGAGCUUCAGAUUGUGACUUGUGAACCACCUACCCACCAACCUUAUCACAAGCGCACUGAACGAAUUGAGAAAUGAUAAAAGGCCUUUGGUUUUGUUUUUAAGUGAUCUUUUUGCACUAGAUAGAG